AUGACAAAAAUUGGUGGAAAACGGUGUUUCGGAGCACUUUCUGCAACCGCAGGAAAGCUGUCUUGCGGCCGCAAUUCCAGAAAAGUUUUGGCAUUUCUAGAGCAUUCCUGCGACCGCAGGAUAUGUCUAGAAAUGUACUUUCCUUAUAUGCGCAGUAGAAGGGGAGUUGACAGUCCAGUUCCAAUUAAUCUUGAGAUCGAGAAAGAGUGCAAGCGAAACAGAAGAAACAAGAGGGUUGAAAGUUCCAUUGUUGUUACAGCAGAUAUUAAUAACAACAGUGUGGAAAACAUGAGCGGGGGAGCACCACAAAAUCAUAAUCCUGCUGGUCAAAGACCUCUACGGGACUAUGUACUCCCUAUUGUCACAGGGGUACACUCAUGCAUCCGUCCACCAGCAAUAGAGGCAAACAAUUUUGAGAUCAAGCCUGCUAUCUUGCCGAUGGUCCAAACUGCAGUUCAAUUUGGUGGCCUCCCCACUGAAGACCCCAAUAUGCACAUAGCCAAUUUCAUGGAGUUGUGUGCCACUUUCAAGAUGAAUAGGGUGAGUGAUGAUGCCAUUAGAUUUCGUUUGUUCCCAUUCUCACUAAGGGAGCGAGCGAAAAGUUGGUUGAAUUCACUUGAGGCCAAUACUAUAACCACUUGGGAUGCUCUAGCUCAAAAGAUCUUAGCGAAGUUCUUUCCACCUGCCAAGGCUGCUAAACUGAGAGGGGAGAUCAAUAACUUCUCUCAAAUUGAGGGAGAAUCUUUGUAUGAUGCUUGGGAGAGGUUCAAGGACUUGAUCAAAAAAUGUCCUCACCACGGUAUUGAGAAGUGGAUGUUGGUCCACAACUUUUACAAUGGUUUGUGCGGUACCACUCGCACAAUCAUUGAUGCAGCAGCAGGAGAAGCGUUUAUGACCAAAAGUGCUAAUAAAGCUAAUGAACUCUUAGAAGAAAUGGCCACUAAUAAUUACCAAUGGCCAAGUGAACGAUCAUGCAGUAAUAAAAAGGUUACAGGGGUUCAUGAACUAGAUGCAAUCAUAGCCUUAACUGCUCAAGUUGUGUCUUUAACUAAGCAGUUGCAACAAAAUACCAUGUCUGCCCAGGUUGUGCAAGCCCAAGUAAUGUGUGAAUUGUGUGGGGGGCCUCAUCCUUUUGACCAGUGCCAAGUUGUUUUAGAUCCUAACAAUGUCCCAUUAGAUCAAGCUCAAGUCCAGGAAGUGGGUAAUUUUCAGGGGCCCUACAACAACCCCUACUCUAACUCGCAUAAUCCGGGGUGGAGAAACCAUCCUAACUUUUCUUGGAGAAAUAAUCAGGACCAACAACAACCGUUUCAACCACAGUAUCAACGGCCUAUGACUCAAGCUCCACCACAAGCGUCAACCUCUCAACAACCUAGGCCACCAGCUACUACAGAACAGCCUAGUGAAUUGCAGGCUGCCCUAUUGACUCUCACCAACACUCAAACUCAGUUUAUGACUGAGACUAGAUCCUCCAUCAGAAAUUUGGAAAUGCAAAUGGGGCAGCUAGCCAAUAUGUUGAAUACUAGGCCUCAAGGGAAUUUGCCUAGCAAUAUUGUGGUAAAUCCUAAGGAGCAGUGUCAAGCUAUCACUUUGAGGAGCGGGAAAGAAAUUGAGGGUCCUUCUCUAAAAGGGACUAAAAAAAAGGCAGAAGAAGAGGAGAGUUGUGAGAAAGUUGAGCCCCAUGUGGAGGAAAAGGUUACUGAAGGCCUUGCAACCAAAGAGAAGAUUCAACCAGUAGUUGUUGAUUCUAAUGUCAAAAUCCCGUUGGAAGACUUUGAGACAGUGGCACUUACUGAGGAGUACAGUGCAAUUCUCCAAAGGAAGCUUGCACAAAAGCUUCAAGAUCCGAGGAGUUUUACUAUCCCUUGUACUAUAGGGAAAUUUGAAUGCAAACAUGCUCUUUGUAAUCUUGGAACAAGUAUCAAUCUCAUGCCUCUAUCUGUUUUUUGGAAGCUUGGUCUUGGUGAGGCAAAGCCUACUACUAUUUUUACUCUUCAGCUCGCGGAUCGAUCAAUCAAGCACCCAAGGGGAGUUAUUGAAGAUGUGCUAGUCAAGGUAGACAAGUUUAUUUUUCCAGCGGAUUUCAUUGUUCUAGAUAUGGAGGAAGAUGCAACCAUUUCCCAUUAUUUUGGGAAGACCAUUCUUAGCCACAGGGAGAGCACUAAUUGA